UAUUUCGAACGUACAAAACUGUAAUUUACAGAACGACGCGUAAUUCCCUCUAGCACCUAAUGAUUCAUGUGGUUAUUUAUCGAUAUAUUUAUUUUAACAGUUCACUGUGUGCUGAUAAACUCUAUUAAAAUGUUGUGCUUUUUAAUAUUAUCCAGUUUCUUGUUAUACGGAACUAAAUGCCAAGAUGAUUCUGAAGGUUUAUAUACAUCCAAGGUCCUUCGUAAUAAUAAUUCCUUACUUUUGGAAUACGAAGAUUCCAGAUACUUUUUUAAUACAGAGUUUGAAGCCAAUUUCUUCAGCGCAUUUCAGUUUUGCAAAAAACGAAACAUGGAGCUAUUGAGUAUUGAAAGUGCCGAUGAAAAUAAUAGAAUUGGACUGUUUCUUGUAGAAAAAGGACUGUCAGCUCUUCGUUUUUGGACAUCGGCAGUUAACCUGGUCAGUCCAACAGCGUGGAUCUGGUUGGCCACAGGAAAAGAAAUUAAAUACUUCAAUUGGGACAAUGGUGAACCAACGGGAAAUAUACCGUUUGUAUCAAACUAUGAAAAUUGUAUUCAAGCAAGACACGAAGGCAACCGCGGAUUUACAUGGAACGAUUUAAAUUGUCAUUUCAAAAAUUACAUCAUCUGUGAAGCUCCAAUAACUUGCAAGUGUAUUAGCCCAAGAAGUAUAUUUUAAACGGUUUAUUAUUCAAAUAAUAUGAUAGCAUCGAUAAAGACACCACCAAGCUUGGAUUAAUAACAAAAUC